ACUAGCGGAAAUCUUGCCAGGUUUUACCACCUCUCACUCAUUUAUUUACUUUGCGGUCACCGCUUUCAGGGAACAGUUAUAAACUAGAUGCCCAAUAGAGUGGCGUGCGGGGACACAACUAAGAUUUUUAAAAAAUUGUCACCAUAUCCUCCGCACGUGCAGAGGGCAGCUAUAAAACGAUGAAAGGAAGGUGUUGUCAAUGAUAUCCGGCAACCGGUCGCCGGACACAGCCGUCCAGGGAGCUGUCCCCACGCGCUCCGAUGGGACGAGAGACGCCAGCCCCAGGGUAACCGGAGGCGCGUCGCGGGCCGCGCGCGGGAAGCUGUGAUCCGAGUCCGGCGCCCGCUCUGCGGCGGCCGCAGCGACUCGACCCCGCCGGUCAGGCCAGAGGAGCCCAUCUUGCAGCUCUCAAAUUUCUGUAGAAUGCUGUAAACAAUCGUCACAGUUGGUUUUCAAGUCAUAGAAAGAGUUGCAACUUCUCCUUCGUAACAGAACUUUCCUAGUUGCAUUCAAUGCCUAACAUUGCAGAAGCAGAAAGGGCAAAUGAUUCUGGAAAUGGUGAGCACAAAUCCGAGAGAACGUCUCCUGAAGAGAAUCUACAAGGUGCUGUCCAGUCUUUCUGCCCUCGUGCUUCAGGGGCACCCUUGGGUCCCAAAGGAGAUGGUCAUUAUCCGUGGAGCUGUCCAGUGACCCACACUCGGGAGAAAAUUUAUGCCAUCUGUUCAGACUAUGCCUUUCUCAACCAGGCAACCUCAAUCUAUAAAACUCCAAAUUCAGCCCACUCUUCUUGCCUCUCUGAUAGUACCUCUCUAUCUGCUGGAAAUAAUCCAUCAAGAUACAUUGGCAUCCCAACGAGUACAUCAGAAAUCAUCUACAAUGAAGAAAAUAGCUUGGAAAACUUAUCCAAUAGCCUGGGCAAGCUACCUCUUGCAUGGGAAAUCGAUAAAUCUGAAUUUGAUGGGGUGACCACAAAUAUGAAACACAAAUCAGGCAAUGUAAAGAAACAAAUUUCCAAGAAAAAAACUUCAGAUAAAAAAGGAAGACAUCAAAGGGAGUGGCCUCAGUAUUCUCCUCUUGAAGACAUUAAGCAGCGGAAAGUAUUAGAUCUCAGAAGAUGGUACUGCAUAAGCCGACCACAAUAUAAGACUUCUUGUGGUAUCUCCUCAUUAAUUUCGUGUUGGAAUUUUUUAUAUAGCACGAUGGGAGCUGGAAAUCUUCCACCUAUUACCCAAGAAGAAGCUUUACGUAUUUUGGGCUUUCAACCCCCAUUUGAAGAUAUUAGGUUCGGCCCUUUCACUGGAAAUACAACACUUAUGAGAUGGUUUAGACAAAUUAAUGACCACUUCCACGUAAAAGGAUGCUCGUAUGUUCUAUAUAAGCCUCAUGGGAAGAACAAAACAGCUGGAGAAACUGCUUCAGGGGCCUUGUCGAAGUUAACUCAUGGAUUGAAAGAUGAAUCGCUGGCUUAUAUCUAUCACUGCCAAAAUCAUUAUUUUUGUCCAAUUGGCUUUGAAGCAACCCCUGUUAAAGCUAAUAAAGCAUUCAGCAGGGGCCCCCUCUCACCACAGGAAGUAGAAUAUUGGAUCUUAAUUGGAGAAUCAAGUAGAAAACAUCCUGCUAUUCACUGUAAAAAGUGGGCAGAUAUUGUUACUGAUCUCAACACUCAAAAUCCAGAAUAUCUAGAUAUCCGACACUUGGAGAGGGGGCUGCAGUAUCGAAAAACAAAGAAGGUUGGGGGAAAUUUGCAUUGCAUCAUAGCAUUCCAGAGACUUAACUGGCAAAGAUUUGGCCUUUGGAACUUUCCGUUUGGAACCAUGAGACAAGAAUCACAACCUCCAACACAUGCCCAGGGAAUUGCCAAAUCGGAGAGUGAAGAUAAUAUCUCCAAGAAGCAGCAUGGGCGUCUGGGCCGGUCUUUCAGUGCUAGUUUCCAUCAGGACUUGGCAUGGAAAAAGAUGUCCAAUAUCAGUAUUUGGUUAAACCAGGCACUAAGAGGAGUCCGGGAUCGCCAUGGGAACUCAAUAGAAAAUGCCCAUCUUCUCACUUUGUUUCAUCGGCUCUGCAAACUCUUAUUUUUUCGAAUUCGUCCUAUUUUUGUGUUUGAUGGGGAUGCUCCACUAUUGAAGAAACAAACUUUGGCUAAGAGAAGGCACAGAAAGGAUUUGGCAACCACUGAUUCCAGAAAAACUACAGAGAAGCUUUUGAAAACAUUUUUGAAAAGACAAGCUAUCAAAACUGCCUUAAAAAGCAAAAGACAUGAAGCACUGCCCAGUCUUACUCAAGUUCAAAGAGAAGAUGACAUCUAUGUUUUGCCACCUUUACAGAAGGAAGAGAAAAAUAGUUCAGAAGAAGAAGAUGAAAGAGAAUGGCAAGAAAGAAUGAGUCAAAAACAGGCAUUACAGGAAGAGUUCUUUCAUAAUCCUCAUGCCAUAGAUAUUGAGUCUGAAGAUUUCAGCAGCCUGCCUCUUGAAAUAAAGCAUGAAAUCUUGACUGAUAUGAAAGAAUUUACCAAGCGAAGACGAACCUUAUUUGAAGCAAUGCCAGAGGAGUCUAAUGACUUUUCACAGUAUCAGCUCAAAGGCUUGCUUAAAAAAAACUACCUAAACCAACACAUAGAAAAUAUCCAAAAGGAAAUGAAUCAGCAACAGUCAGGACAAAUCCAAAGGCAAUAUGAAGAUGAAGGGGGCUUUUUGAAGGAGGUGGAGUCAAGGAGAGUGGUCUCUGAAGAUACUUCACAUUACAUCUUAAUAAGAGGUAUUCAAGCUAAGAAAGUUGCAGAGGUGGGUUCAGAGGCUCUUCCUUCUUCCAGCGAAAUGCACAGCAGGUCUUUUGACAUGAAGUCAUCUCCAUGUGAGAAACUGAAGCCAGAGGAAGAGCCUGCUGCUACCCCUCCUUCUCCAAGAACUUUCCUGGACAUGCAGACUGCCAUGCUGGGAAGCAGCUCAGAAGAGGAGUGGGAGCGUGAGACUCAAAAGCAGUCUGAUGUGAAGAAUGCACCUGUGUCACCGCUUACUCUCUUAGCCAUUCAGAAGGUCCUUGAUGAUGAUGAAGACAUGGAAGCACAUGCUGGAAAGGACGUGCAGGCAGGAGGGUCAGGAGUGAAAACACUGUUUGAGAACCGUUGCCAUGAAGAAGUUGUUGGGGGCCUAAAAGAGGGAGAUGGAGAAGGAAUGCUGUUGCCAUCAGGACCCCAUCUAACUUGUGUGAACUCUGCACAUGAAACCAGCCCUGACAGUGACAGGAGGCUGGCAGACUCAGCUCAUUUGUCCCGUCCCAUCUUCUGUCCAGGCAGUGAAUCUAGUGUUUUAAAAGAAGAAAUGUCACUUAUGCACGUGGUGAGUGAAACCUUUCAGACAAGCGAUGAGUCUACAGUUAAGAGUAGAAAAGACCAAGUUCCUUCAGAAAGCACAGUGGUGAUGCACAGCGAUGCACCUAGACUCCAGGGUGGGAGACAACUGACACCAGUACCUUUGAUGAGUUCAAGUUCUGUAUCAAGAAAUGAAACAUACACCAAAGAACCUGGACUACAACAAGACCUUUGCCCAUCAGGCCCCAAAUACGACUCCUCUGUUCUUUCAAGUGAUGAUGAAGCAGAAGGUGAAAAAAAUCCCAUUUCUGAAAUCACUGACACUGUCAGUUUGCAAGGAACAAGUAAUACACAAAGUGUCCCUUCAGAGGCAAUAAGUAACUUGGAAAAUGCAGUAUCCUUUAAUUCUAAAGAGCAUGAGAAUUUCCUGAAAACCAUCCAAGAACAUGAGACAGUGGAAUCUGCAGACCAGGACUUAAUUUCAGUUCCAAAGUCCGUGGAGCCAAUGGAAAUGGACUCUGAAGAAAGUGAAUCUGAUGGAAGUUUCAUCGAAGUACAGAGUAUAAUUAGUAACGAUGAACUUCAGGCUGAGUUACAUGAAGCUUCUAAAUCUCCCUCCAGACAAGAUGAAGAAGAACUGAUAGGAACUAAGAAGGAAGAAGCCACUGGUGACUCUGAGGGCCUCCUAAGAUACAACUCUGGAAGUGAGGCUUUGGACACUGAGCCACAUGAAGAAGCUGAAAAAGAUGCAGACAGUUCACUCAAUGAAUGGCAAGAUAUUAAUUUGGAGGAACUGGAAACUCUGGAGAGCAGCCUGUUAGCACAGCAGAAUUCAUUGAAAGCACAAAAACAGCAGCAAGAACGGAUUGCUGCUACCGUGACAGGGCAGAUGUUCCUGGAAAGCCAGGAACUUCUUCGCCUGUUUGGCAUUCCCUACAUCGAGGCUCCCAUGGAAGCAGAGGCACAGUGCGCCAUCCUAGAUCUGACCGAUCAGACUUCUGGAACAAUCACUGAUGAUAGUGAUAUUUGGCUCUUCGGAGCACGGCAUGUCUAUAAAAACUUUUUUAAUAAAAACAAGUUUGUAGAGUAUUACCAGUAUGUGGACUUUCACAACCAACUUGGAUUAGACCGGAACAAAUUAAUAAAUUUGGCCUAUUUGCUUGGAAGUGAUUAUACAGAAGGAAUACCAACUGUAGGUUGUGUUACAGCCAUGGAAAUUCUCAAUGAAUUCCCUGGACAUGGCCUGGAGCCUCUCCUAAAAUUCUCAGAGUGGUGGCAUGAAGCUCAAAAAAGUAAGAAGAUAAGACCCAACCCAUAUGACACCAAAGUGAAAAAAAAAUUGCGCAAGCUGCAGCUCACACCUGGCUUUCCCAACCCAGCCGUUGCAGAUGCUUACCUCAAACCUGUGGUGGACGAGUCCAGGGGGUCGUUUCUGUGGGGGAGGCCGGAUCUGGACAAAAUUAGAGAAUUUUGUCAGCGUUAUUUUGGGUGGAACAGGACGAAGACAGACGAGUCUCUGUUUCCAGUAUUAAAGCAACUGAACGCCCAGCAGACGCAGCUCCGAAUUGAUUCUUUCUUUAGAUUAGCUCAACAGGAGAGACAAGAUGCUAAGGGUAUUAGGAGCCAGAGACUGAACAGAGCUGUGACUUGUAUGCUGAGAAAAGAGAGAGAAGCCACAGCCAGCGAAAUAGAAGCAGUGUCCGUUGCCAUGGAAAACGACUUUGAGUUCCCUGAUAAGGCAGAAGGAAACACCCAGAAGAGAAGCCUAGCAAAUAAAUGGAAAGAGUCAUCAAGCCUGAAAAGAAAGAGGCUUUCUGACUCUAAGCGAGAGAGUAAAUGUGGCGGGUUUUUGGGGGGGGCCUGCCUCUCGCCGCCGUCAUCUGGGACCUCUUCAGGUGAGGACGCUGUGUGUGUGUCUUCAGUGACCGUGCAGCAGGAGAGAGCAGCCCCGGAGUCACCUGGCCGCCGCCCGGGUUUGCUGAGCCCGGGUUUGCAGAGCGCAGCGACCCCAGCUCCCGCCAGCGACCAGGGCGCGACCAGCAGCAGCUCUAGUGAUGAUGACAGACAGGGGCCCGUGCCAGUGCUGGUGACCGCCAGAUCUGUGUUUGGGAGGAGAAGGGGGAAACGGAGAGGUACAAGAGGAAGGAAGAGAACAACCUAAUUAAUUUAAGCCCAUUUGUUCUCCCUCAUCGGGCACAACUUAACAUUUUGUAAUGAAUUUGUUGUGAGGAAAUAACACAAUUAAAAGUAUGCGCACAAUU